CAAAUCGUAUAAGCAAAUUAGUUAAAAGCAAUUAAAUAAAAAUGGAGUAAGUAUAUGGAGAAGCAUCUGAAAGAUUGUCUUUUCAAAGAAAGAGAGAAAGUUCAAACACGACAGUAUUAAUUUAAGGCUCGUCAUCUACCUGCUUGUAUGUGUAAUCUGUUAUUGCUUGGUAUCAUCUGAGCACACCAGGUGUUUGACGAAAUGUGAAGGGGCUUUUUUGACCAGUUUUUGAAACAUUAGGUGUCUUUUUACUCCGGAAACUUGAGGGGGGGGCUUAUUUGCUCUUAUGCCUAAACAGUAAGGAUAUGGAGAAGCAUCUGAAAGAUUGGGGUUAUUGAUUCUCAGGGUCACCCUACUUUCCAGAUAUUACAAAAUGGUUACCGAACUUUAAAACAUAACAAAGUGGUCACUCUACUCAAUAAUAUGUAACAAAAUAAUUUUCCCGAUCAUUUUUAUCCUAUCCUAUGUGGCAGCCGGAUUUUAUUUGUACUCCAUAUCACUUCCCAAAUCAAUAUUAAAAAAGUUAUUUUUCAUCCCUCAACUACGUACAUAAUAUUUAAAAAAUAAUAAUUAAUUUUUGUUUUAAUAAUUAUGUGCAAAGUUGAGGGGUGAAUUGGGGUUUUUUUUUCAAGUAAUGUGGCGAGUGAAGUUGGGUGAAAAUAAAAUCCGGCUGCCACAUAAUAUAAAAAUGACCGAAAAAAUAAUUUUGUUACGUUUUAUUGAGUAGAGUGAUGAUUUUGUUACGUUUUAAAGUUCAAUAACCAUUUUGUAGUGUUCUAAAAAGUAGAGUGACCCCGAGAAUCAAUAACCCGGUCAAAGAAAGAGAGAAAGUUCAAACUUCAAACACGGCAGUAUUAAUCUAUUGGAAUUUUAAAGAAAGGUCAAACACGACAGUGUAAAGGUUGAAUGAUGCAACGAAAAGUAUUCACUGUCUUAAUGGUGUUGGAUCCGACAAUAUCCUUUUUUUGUUUUCAGUUUUUGCAAGUUUCAGAGUCUGAUCAGAAAGAUGACUUGCAAAAGAAUCCUCCUCCGUCGUCUAUGGCUUGUGACCUUGUUCUUCUUGUUUAUCUCCUCCUGCUCUUUAACUAACGAUACACUUUACCAAGGCCAUGUGCUUACUGCAAGAGAUCGCCUUGUUUCCGAAAACGGGCGCUUCACUUUAGGUUUCUCGGGCAGUUACUUGGUUUUGAACUACACAGCUACUAAUCAGAGCAUGCUUAUUGAUCACCCUCUCUGGUUAGCCAACAGCGAAGACCCUGUUCUUGAACAUUUUGGAGUUCUUACGCUUGAUAAUGGAACUGGAGCUUUGAAAGUUGUCCAGAAUGACACGAAACAGAUUAAAACAUUAUACGCGGGAUCAGGGUCAUCCAGGGCAAACAACGUAACAGCCAUCCUGCAAAACAAUGGAAAUUUUGUGUUGAAAGAAGUCAAUUCCGGAGCGAUAUUGUGGCAAAGUUUUGAUGAUCCGACGGAUACGCUUUUGCCGGGAAUGAAAUUGGGUGUGAACAAAAGGACAGGAAAGAAAUGGUUACUUAGGUCAUGGCUAAAUGAAUAUAAUCCAAUACCUGGGGGUUUCACCCUGGAAUGGGACCCUAUUCAACGCCAGAUUAUUGUGAAGAGAGCAGGAGUUGAAUUUUGGAGCAGUGGGGUAUUGACACCUGAUAGCAGGUUUGAUAACUUUAUUCUUUUAGAUUCUUUCAAUCAAAACUAUAAUUUCACUCAUAUAUCGGAUGAGGAAGAGGAUUACAUCUUUUAUACACUCAUUUCCGAAGAACUGACACCUAUAGACCGAAGAACUUAUUCGAGGUGGUUUCUUGAUGACUUGGGGAACAUACAAGAAGAUGCAGGAAGACCUUUCACUUUAAGUUCUGAAGUCUGUGAUGGAAAUAGCACGGAGAUGGGGUGCAAGAAAUGGCAAUUUGGGCCGGAGUGCCGUGGAGAUGGGGAUAAAUUUGCCGUAUUAGCUGGUAGUUUUAGAUCUAUGCUGAAAGAAUAUGAGAAUCUCAGCUUCAUUGAUUGCCAAAACUUAUGUUGGCAUAAUUGUGACUGUACUGGAUUCAGGUUCGACUCAAAUAGUAUUAAUUUUAGCUAUUGCGCCCUGAAUGAUGGGCCUUUCUAUAACCAAAAUUUAAGAGCAGGAGAACUAAACCGCUAUAUUAUCAUUCCCGGGCCUCCAAAUAAAGUGGACAGGACAUGGAUAUGGAUAGUAACGAGUAUAGUGAUCGCUCUAAUUGCAGCGUUCAUGUCCACUUGGCUGUACUUGAGAUGGAGGAGACUGAAAUUAGAAGAGAAGUUUCUGAAAGAGCUGAUGACUGAUGAUAGAGCAAGGGAUAUAGAUGAGCUUCAGAACAAUGGAAACAGAGGCUACAAUCUACAAAUCUAUGAUGCUGCAACGAUCUCUGCUGCUACUAACAGUUUCUCUUCGGGCAACAAACUUGGAGAAGGUGGUUUUGGACCUGUCUACAAGGGAAGAUUAAGCAAAGGACAAGAAAUAGCAGUAAAGAGGCUGUCAAGUGAAUCAGGACAAGGACUAGUGGAAUUCAAAAAUGAGCUCAUACUCAUUGCUAAAUUGCAGCAUAUGAAUCUUGUAAGACUUCUAGGUUUCUGCAUCCAAGGGGAAGACAAAAUGUUGGUGUACGAGUAUAUGCCUAAUAAAAGCUUGGAUUUUUUCAUCUUCGGAGACGAAUCAAGGAGAGAAAUGUUGGAUUGGAGCAAGAGAUUGAACAUCAUUGAUGGCAUAGCUCAAGGUCUGGUUUACCUCCAUAAGUAUUCAAGGUUGAGAAUUGUCCAUAGAGAUCUCAAAGCAAGUAACAUCUUACUUGACAAAGACAUGGUCCCAAAAAUAUCUGAUUUUGGUCUCGCAAGAUACUUCAGACAAAAUGAAUUUGAAGCAAAUACAUGUACACUUGUUGGAACCCGUGGCUACAUGUCUCCAGAAUAUCUCAUGGAUGGAGUCUUCUCUGUAAAGUCUGAUGUUUACAGUUUUGGAGUGUUAUUGUUAGAGAUCAUAAGUGGGAAGAAAAAUCACAAUACAUAUCACCAUGACCGUCCGCUCAACCUUGUGGGUUAUGCAUGGGAAUUAUGGAAAGACAACUGUUUACUGGAAAUACUUGACCCGAGUUUAAGAAAUUCAGCUUCUAAAGAUCAAGUUCGGAGAUGUAUUAAUAUAGGGCUGCUAUGUGUGGAGCAGAGUCCGUUAGACCGACCCAUCAUGUCAGAUGUUUUGUCCAUGUUAACAAGGGAUGUUCAACAAUUGCCAACACCGAAACAGCCAGCAUUUUACAUAGGAGAACACGUUGCUGCAAUCAACCAAAGCGAAAGAGACAUGAAAUUCCAAUCAAUUAAUUACUUGUCGAUUUCUGGUAUGGAUGGAAGAUGAAUGACCUGAUAAUUGAUUAUGUUGAAUUAGGCCUGUUUGGCUUGAAUGAUUAGCUGAAGUUAAAAAUGUAACGAAAUUUGAUAGUCCUGACUCCUGUGUUGUUGAUUAACUGUUAUUGCAUAUGCAGCAAUAUAGAUGUAUAAGUUGCAGAAAUUUUUAAAACCAAAAGGCUGAUGAAUGACCAAAUGUAGUAAAAUUGCAAGUGCCAUAAUUACUUAA